CACACACAACCCCCCCCCCUCCCGCUUUCCCCAUCAAAAACCAAGCGCAAGAAGAACCAUGAGCGACGAUGCGAAUCUGAUUGAAGGCGCGACUGUUGUUGCCCGGGCUCUGGCGCAGCAGGGUGUGCAGUUCCUCUUUGGCGUCGUUGGCAUCCCAGUGAUUGGCCUUGCAGCAGCCGCACAGGCUGAGGGAAUCACGUACAUUGGCAUGCGCAACGAGCAGGCUGCCAGUUACGCGGCAGGCGCCGUCGGCUAUCUCACGGGUCAUCCUGGUGCGUGCCUCGCUGUCUCGGGUCCCGGCAUGAUUCAUGCGCUGGCAGGCAUGGCAAACGCCUGGUCGAAUUGCUGGCCCAUGAUUCUGCUCGGCGGUGCAUGCGAUACAUUCUAUGAGGGCAUGGGCGGCUUCCAAGAGUUUCCGCAGGUUGAAGCUGCUCGUCUCUACUCCAAGUUCUCGGCCAGACCCAGCAGCAUUGACCGUAUCCCAUUCUACAUUGAGCGCGCUGUGCGUCUCACCACCUACGGCCGGCCCGGAGCUGCCUACAUUGAUCUUCCCGGCGACAUGCUCACUGGCAAAGUCCCCGAGUCCAGCGUGCAGUAUGUACCCCGCUGCCCGCCGGCGCCGCGAUCUCUCGCGUGCCCGAAAGCAAUCGCUGAUGCGAUUCAACUCUUGAAAUCCGCAAAGCAGCCGCUGGUGGUCAUUGGCAAGGGCGCGGCAUUCGGGCGUGCUGAAACGAAUGCCAAGCGAUUCGUUGAGGAGACUGGCAUGCCAUUUUUGCCGACGCCCAUGGGUAAAGGCGUGCUGGACGACCAGCACGAACAGUGCGUUGCAGCUGCUCGCUCCAAAGCGCUGCAGUCCGCGGACGUGAUUGUCCUGCUUGGCGCUCGCUUGAACUGGAUGCUCCAUUUUGGCGAGGAGCCUCGAUUCCGCAAGGACGUCAAGAUCAUUCAAGUCGAGCUUUGCCCUGAAGAGUUUCACGGAUCGGUACCGGUUGCCGUGGCGCUCAACGGCCAUGUCGAUUCGGUGCUUGAGCAGCUGGUGAACGCGCUCGGUCAAUCCAAGCCUGCGUGGAAGCACGCGCGCACCUCGCCAUGGUGGAAGUCGCUCUCGGAGAAGGUGGAGCAGAAUCGCAUCGUGAGCGCCGAGCUCGCCAAGUCGGACGAAAUGCCCAUGACGUACUACCGCGUGUUUGGAGAAAUCGUGCCCCAGCUCCCGCCCCACGCCGUCAUCGUGUCGGAGGGCGCCAACACGAUGGAUAUCGGCCGAACCGUCAUUCCCAACCGCUACCCGCGCCACCGGCUUGACGCCGGUACCUUCGGAACCAUGGGUGUUGGCCUCGGCUUUGCGAUUGCCGCGGCGCUUGUGUACCCCGAUCGGCAGGUUGUCUGCAUUGAAGGAGACUCUGCCUUUGGCUUUUCCGGACUCGAGAUUGAAACUGCGGUGCGCUUGCAGCUCCCCAUUGUCUUUGUCGUUGUCAACAACAAUGGCAUCUACGGCGGCUUUGACCAGGAAACCUGGGCUGCCAACCAGCAGGAAGGCAGCCCCGCUCCCGGAAACUGCCUGUUGCCGAACGCGCGCUACGAGCGUGUGGCGGAGGCGUUUGGCGGCAAGGGUUAUUUUGCCACAACCCCCGACGAGCUUCGAUCUGCAUUCCGCGAAGCGAUUGGCAACAAGAAGCAAGUGUCGUUGGUGAAUGUCAUGAUCAGUCCAUACGCCGUUCGCAAGCCGCAGGAGCACGAGUGGUUGACACGCAAGUCAAAGUUGUAAAAAAACACAAGAGAAAACAAGUCAAUGCCAUUUGGGAUUUUUAAUUGUAUACAGUUUGCUGUCAAUAAAUACAAAGAGUUGGACUCCA